AGUUCCCCUCACUGAGGAGAAAAGCGGGGUGUAAACAUGAAGUAAACAAGGAGAUGUUGUGUGCCGCAUAAAGACCCGCCUGACUAGACAGCCGCGUCUGACUCGAGCGCUUCUCUCCCCCUUCCCGCCCCAGCAGGCCCUUCCGGCCGGGGCAGAGCUGAGGCCUACCCCCAGCCUUCGCUUCUCCCUCAGAGGCCGCCACACCGCCUCUCUCGCUCGGGGCGCCCGGGUGAGGGGAAAGGGGAGCGGCGACUGCGGCUUCCUCGAGGAGGCAGGCCCGAGCCCCGUAGUCGCCAGCCGCUUCCCUUCCGGGGCGGAGAAGGAAGUGCCGGCAGGACGAGGAGCGGCGGCGGCGGCCGGGGAAGCGGUCGUUCGGCACCGGCCCGGUUGGUGCUGCUGCUGCUCCCCGAUGGUGCCGGGCGGCCUCGGUGGUCGGCGGCCCCAGGCGCUUUCCCUUCAGGCCCAGGAUGGCGGCGGCGGCGGGGGCAGGCGGGCCGGAGAAGCCGCUGGCGCCGGCCUUGCUCAACUUCUUCAUCUACAACCCGAGGCUGGGACCCAGGGAAGGAGAGGAAGAAAAGAAGAUUCUUUUUUAUUAUCCAAAUGAAGUAGAAAAAAAUGAAAAAAUCAGAAGUGUUGGAUUGUGUGAAGCCAUUGUCCAGUUCACAAGGACAUUUAGUCCUUUGAAACCUGCAAAAUCCUUGCAUACCCAGAAGAACAGACAGUUCUUCAAUGAACCUGAAGAAAAUUUCUGGAUGGUUAUGGUUGUACGAAAUCCUGUAAUAGGAAAACACAAAGAUGGCAAACCAACCGUUGAGUAUCAAGAAGAAGAAUUACUGGACAAAGUUUAUAGUUCAGUGUUACAGCAGUGUUACAACAUGUACAAGCUUUUUAACGGCACUUUCCGAAAAGCCAUGGAAGAUGGAGGUGUUAAAGUUCUAAAAGAGAGAUUAGAGAAAUUUUUCCAUCGGUACCUGCAGACCCUUCAUUUACAGUCAUGUGACUUGCUAGACGUUUUUUGUGGAAUCAGCUUCUUUCCAUUGGAUAAAAUGACUUACUUGAGAAUUCAGUCGUUCAUCAACAAGAUGGAAGAAAGCCUGAGCAUUGUCAAAUAUACAGCCUUUCUCUACAAUGACCAGCUCAUCUGGAGUGGACUGGAGCAAGAUGACAUGAGGAUUUUAUACAAAUAUCUCACCACAUCUCUGUUUCCGAGGCAUAUAGAACCAGAGUUGGCAGGAAGGGAUUCACCAAUACAUGCAGAAAUGCCUGGAAACCUUCAGCACUAUGGAAGGUUUCUCACAGGACCUCUGAAUGUCAAUGAUCCAGAAGCAAAAUGCCGAUUUCCCAAAAUAUUUGUAAACACAGAGGAGGCUUAUGAAGAGCUUCAUUUGAUUGUUUAUAAGGCUAUGAGUGCUGCUGUCUGUUUUAUGAUUGAUGCCUCUAUGCAGCCUACGUUGGAGUUUUGCCGUAAACUUGACAGCAUUGUUGGGCCUCCCCUCACAGUAUUAGCAUCGGAUAUUUGUGAACAAUAUAACAUCAACAAAAGAAUUGCAGGGUCAGAGAAAGAGCCCCAGUUUAAGUUUAUCUACUUCAACCACAUGAACCUGGCCGAGAAAAGUACAAUCCACAUGAGGAGAACUCCCAACAUCUCGCUUGCAUCCGUUCACCCUGACUUGAUGAAGAUUCUUGGAGAUAUCAACAGUGACUUCACAAGAGUUGAUGAUGAUGAGGAAAUCAUCGUUAAGGCCAUGAGUGAUUAUUGGAUAGUGGGCAAGAAAUCCGAUCAGCGAGAACUGUAUGUGAUUUUGAAUCAGAAAAAUGCAAACUUGAUUGAAGUGAAUGAAGAAGUAAAGAAACUCUGUGCAACACAGUUCAACAACAUCUUCUUCUUAGAUUGAUCUGCAAAGGGCCUACUCUUGCAAAGGUGGCUUGAAAAUGUCCAAAAAGCAUUUUUGUUUACGCUGACAUGUUUAUUAGUCAUAUUAUUGACUGGAACAAUGACAAUAGUAAAGCAAUACUUGCUUUGUAAGAAUCUAAUUUCUACCAAAAACUGUAAAACUCUGAUCAUACAAUUUUUAGAUUUUAAAGUAUUUAUGUGCAAAUUAAUUAAAAUCUGUAUGAAUCAAACACGCAUCAUUCCAUAUCUCUGAUAUUUAUGUGACUAUUUUACUGGAAAAAUAAAAUUUGUCAUUGUUACAAUUUUAA